AUGGCAACAGACCAGGAUGUGGACCUCAACACGCCUCAAAUGACCAGUGCAAUCCUGGGCCGCUCGGAUACACAGAAGUGCAGCUACUACAACUCCAGCUGGGAGAAGGAGCGCACUAAUCGCAGUGGUAUUGAGCCAUGUUAUGGCGAUAAGGACAAGAGGCGGCACUGCUUCGCCACAUGGAAGAAUUCUUCUGGCACCGUGGAGGUAGUCAAGCAAGGUUGCUGGUUGGACGACAUCAACUGCUAUGACAGCAACGAGUGCGUGGAAAAGAAGGAGAAUCCUGAUGUAUUCUUCUGCUGCUGUGAAGGCAACAUGUGCAACGAGCGGUUCCUGUAUGCACCUGAUACGCCCCCACAGAGUGACACACACCAGUCAACCGCCUACACUACAUCCAACCCAUUUCCCCAGAAGCCUCAGCUCUUCAGCACGCUGCUUUACUCCCUGGUUCCUGUCAUCGGGCUGGCUGCUGUCGUCCUUUUCUCCUUCUGGAUGUGGAGGCACCACAAGUUGGCCUAUCCGGCAGCCCUUGUUCCUACACAUGAUCCCGGCCCUUUGCCCCCGUCUCCUAUCCUGGGACAAAAGCCUCUGCAGCUGAUCGAGAUGAAGGCUCGGGGUCGCUUCGGCUGCGUGUGGAAGGCCCAGCUGCUGAGCGAAUACGUGGCUGUGAAGAUCUUCCCAAUCCAGGACAAGCUGUCUUGGCAGAAUGAGUACGAGAUUUACAGCGUGAGCGGCAUGAAGCACGAAAACAUCCUCCACUUCAUCGGCGUGGAGAAGAGGAACAACAACCUCGACAUGGAGCUGUGGCUCAUCACCACCUACCAUGACAAGGGCUCGCUGACAGACUAUCUGAAGGCCAACGUGGUGUCCUGGAACGAGCUUUGCCACAUCGCGCAGUCGGCGGCCCGCGGCCUGUCCCACCUGCACGAAGACAUACCAGGACACAAAGACGGACACAAGCCCUCCAUCGCUCACAGGGACAUCAAGAGCAAAAACGUGCUCCUGAAGAACAACCUGACGGCUUGCAUCGCUGACUUUGGCCUUGCGCUUAAGUUUGAGGCUGGAAAAUCAGCCGGGGACACGCAUGGACAAGUGGGAACGCGACGUUACAUGGCUCCUGAGGUCCUCGAAGGCGCCAUCAACUUUCAGCGCGACUCCUUCCUGCGCAUCGACAUGUACGCCUUCGGCCUCGUCCUGUGGGAGCUGGCGGCGCGGUGCACCGCCGCAGAUGGCCCAGUGGACGAGUACAUGCUGCCCUUCGAGGAGGAGGUGGGUCAGCAUCCGUCUCUGGAGGACAUGCAGGAAGUGGUUGUGCACAAGAAGCUGCGACCCUGCCUUCGAGACUGUUGGCAGAAACACACGGGUCUGACCGUGCUCUGUGAAACCAUCGAGGACUGCUGGGACCACGAGGCCGAGGCACGACUCUCUGCCGGCUGCGUCGAGGAGCGCAUCGGCCAAAUGCAGCGGCAGGCUCCCAUCACCGGGCCAGAGGAGAUAGUCACCGUCGUCACCAUGGUGACCAACGUGGACCUGCCGCCCAAGGAGUCCAGCUUAUGAUCCGCCAACAGAGCGCAACCAGAUGAGCAUCCAACGGGCCGGUUGGCACGUUGAGUUGUUUUCAUUCGGGUUUGGUUGUUGUUUUAUUAGUUGUUGUUUUUUUUUACUACUGGCAGCCACUCGCGCUCAGGACAUACCAUGUGACCACCUCACCGCAUCACUGGAUCUCCACCUCAUGUCAACAUGUGUGCCUGAGGACGGGAACAGGUGACAGCGUUCAGGGUGUUGACAGACAGUCGGAUCACCUUUUUUCUACACGUCAGAAGGCAAGCUGCUCAACGCGUUCCUCCACAGUCCGAGAAGAUGGCUAUCCUCAACUCUGUGCGUGAAUAUAUAUAUAAUAUAGACAUAUAUAUUAUAUAUUUACGAGCACAUGGCUCUUGAUACCGUUGCUGUUUUCUCGUGUGCGUGUUUUUUGUUUCUUUUGAAGAAGAAUCGACUAACAUUCUGCCAAUAA